AAAUACCGCUUUCAUUUCGGCAUCUUUACUCCUUGCCAUCAUUAUAACACACAUGAUUUUAACCCAAUUACAAUGAUAUUUGUAAUGUCCCAGCCCCAUAUAUAAUGUCUUUAAAUAGACGUGGCUGUAUCGAACAUCAAAAAUUUAUAAACUUAUUUCACAAUAUUAAAAUACAACCAAAUACUCAUACCAACGGUAACAAUACCAAACAAUUUCACGCUAACCACUUAUUCAAUCAAUGGCAAAAUCGACACAAAAAACAUGUGUUCUUGAACCGUCUUGGAAUUUCAUAUAACGUUUCAUAUUGCAACAAUGCACCUGAAUAUUAUUUCAAAUACAAAAAUUGUAGUAUGUACUGUAAACGACUUGAUAAUUUUCAAGCUCAACAUCAACUUCAAAAGAACAAUCGUAGUAGAAAACAAAAACGUAGAUUUGAGCGGGCUUGCAAGUCCAUUUUUAAUAAUCGACAUCAAGGUCCUAACAAACCACCUCCUGCGAAUAAUAUUACUGACAAAUUACAUCAUGCUCGCCAGCAUAGAUUUUUAUUUUUACCUUCACAAUAUAUCAAUAAACUGAUUCAACACCUUAAAUAUCAUAAAAGUAAGAUCACCACUCCAUAUGUCAAAGGACUAUGGAUUUCAAAUUCCUCACGCUGCUAUAACACUUUUAACGAUUGAUAAUACGAUUCCUACAACAGAAGCUAUAGAUAUGAUAGCUCCACCUACUAAUGACAUUCCAAUUCCUUCUGAAGAGGGAAAGACUUGGCACCUGAAGUUGGGUAU